GCCCUAUGCAGGAUUGAGCACUUGGUCUGAUCUUUAGAGCCCAUGGCAAACCCAGUCCAUUUCCCCAAGAUAUCAGAGCAGAGAAUCCAGUGCACAUGGCAGAUAAAAACCAAACCACCGAGUUUGUCUUUGUGACAAUUUCCAACCAACCCAGGCUGCAGGGCUUCCUCUUUGUGGUAAUUUCAAUCAUGUACAUCACAUCUCUGAUGGGGAAUAUCCUCAUAGGCAUAAUAGUUAGGCUCAGUCCUGCCCUUCACAGCCCCAUGUACUACUUCAUCUCCAAUCUGUCUUUGGUUGACCUCUGUUACACCUCAGUCACCAUCCCCAAGAUGCUGGUGAACCUGCUUUCAGAGGACAGAACCAUCUCAUUCACUGGCUGUGCUGCCCAGCUGUAUUUUCUUAUGGCCCUGGGGCCAACUGAAUGCUUCCUCCUUGCUGCCAUGGCUUACGACCGCUUCACAGCCAUCUGCCAUCCCUUGCGCUAUGUCAUUGUAAUGAACAAUCGAUGGUGUGUCCAGCUGGUGACUGGCUCAUGGGUCAGUGGUUUGCUGCUGUCAUUGGUGCAGACCUCACUGAUAGUCACCCUGCCCUUCUGUGGGGACAACCGGCUCAACCAUUUUUUCUGUGAUGUGACUCCCCUCUUGAGCCUGGCCUGCGGAGACACGUCCAUGAACGAAAUCGCUGUAUCUGCAGCCUGUGUCUUAAUAGUACUCAUCCCUUCUACGCUGAUCCUUGUGUCCUACAGUAAAAUCGUCUCUACUGUCCUGAAGAUCACAUCAGCCCAGCAGAGACACAAAGCUUUCUCCACCUGCUCCUCCCACCUCAUAGUGAUCACUCUAUUCUAUGGCUCCGCCAGCGCCAUGUAUCUGCGACCCAAAUCCAGCUAUGCCCCCGAAAGGGAUAAAUAUCUGGCUCUGUUUUACUCUGUGGUGACCCCAACAUUGAACCCCAUCAUCUACAGCCUGAGAAGCAAAGAUAUCCAUAAAGCCCUGAGGAGAAUGAUACUUCAAAAUUCUUUAACCCCAAACUGCAAGCAACCAACCACUGCUUAG